GCCCGCCUGUCUUGACAGAUCUCAGUCGCCCGAUCCGCGCAAUGCCUCUCUUUGUUAAAUAAAGUGGACAAUAUUUUGCUUUACAACAACAUUUGCGCGGCCCGACGGCGACCAUUGCCGCGUCUUGUCCCCGGCCAUCCUCUCAAGUUCAACAAAAGCGACCGCAUUCGCCUCGCAAGGGGGGACUUUAUUUCUCAGUAAGCUAACGCGAGCGUGCUAGCUGCAGUUGGCGAGGAUGUCGCUGCACGGCAAGAGAAAAGAGAUCUACAAAUAUGAGGCGCCAUGGACGGUUUAUGCCAUGAACUGGAGCGUACGGCCGGACAAACGCUUCCGUUUGGCGCUGGGGAGCUUUGUGGAGGAAUACAACAACAAGGUUCAGCUGGUGGGUCUAGAAGAGGAGAGCUCCGAGUUUGUCUGCAGGAACACUUUCGACCACCCGUACCCCACCACCAAAAUCAUGUGGAUCCCGGACACCAAGGGGGUCUACCCGGACCUGCUGGCCACCAGUGGGGACUAUCUGCGUAUAUGGAGGGUCAGCGACACAGAAACGCGCCUUGAAUGUUUGCUGAACAACAACAAGAACUCUGACUUCUGCGCUCCCCUCACGUCCUUCGACUGGAACGAGGUGGAUCCAAAUCUGCUGGGCACGUCCAGCAUCGACACCACCUGCACCAUCUGGGGGCUGGAGACGGGCCAGGUGCUGGGCCGGGUCAACCUGGUGUCGGGCCACGUGAAGACCCAGCUGAUUGCUCACGACAAAGAGGUGUAUGACAUCGCCUUCAGCCGCGCGGGGGGCGGCCGGGACAUGUUCGCCUCGGUGGGGGCCGACGGUUCCGUGCGCAUGUUUGACCUGCGGCACCUGGAGCACAGCACCAUCAUCUACGAAGACCCCCAGCACCACCCGCUGCUGCGCCUCUGCUGGAACAAGCAGGACCCCAACUACCUGGCUACGAUGGCCAUGGACGGCAUGGAGGUGGUGAUCCUGGACGUCCGUGUGCCGUGCACGCCAGUGGCCCGCCUGAACAACCACCGCGCCUGCGUCAACGGCAUCGCCUGGGCGCCGCACUCCUCGUGUCACAUUUGCACCGCAGCUGACGACCACCAGGCUCUGAUCUGGGACAUCCAGCAGAUGCCACGCGCCAUCGAGGACCCCAUCCUGGCCUACACGGCCGAAGGGGAGAUCAACAACGUGCAGUGGGCGUCCACGCAGCCCGACUGGAUCGCCAUCUGCUACAACAACUGCUUGGAGAUCCUGCGUGUCUAAAGAAGAAGAAGAGGAGGAGCAGACUAUUGAGGAGGGAGCUUUGUUUGGACUUGGAGCGAACUGUUUUUGGAGUCAAACCCGCCUACUCGGCAAUAACUUACAUUUAGUCUUUUACGCCAUUCUUCUUCUACAUGUGUUCGAGCUGUUUAUUUAUUCUGCUCUCCAGGUAGUCUUCUUGUAGUGCUUGGAACUCUCUGAAGAAGAUUUUUUACACUUUUUCUUGGUGUGUUUUUUUGAGCCAGCUGUGAGAUUAUCUGGUGGUUUUUGCCCGUCUGUGUCGUGAAGGCGGAAGGUGAAGGUGAUUGUGGACUCCCGUCAUGUUCUACUGGUCUCGUUGAGCCAACGUGUCCCCUCUAAACGGUCUCAUCCGAGUUGCGCCCUGAGGGGGGAUUGGUUUAUGCCGCCACCUUCUGGAGACCUCAUGUGCAGCAUCACUUUAAAAAACGACCGCUCAGCAAUUCUUCAUUCACUUGUAUGCUCCUUUCUUGUUUCCGUUAGCCUGUGCUAGGACGUGUUGGGAGGCGUGACUGUAUGUUUUUGCUCUGUUUCUCACUUGAAGGUCAUGUCCUUGUAGCAUGCCAUUACAAGGCAAAUGUACAUACAUAUAAAUAUAUCAAUUUAAGAUAGCCAUGUCCUGUUGUAGCUUUUUUUUGUUUUUCAUAAAGUAUCAUGGAAUUUGCUCUAAUAAUAAAUUGUAUUCCUUCA